GGCUUUCUAUAUGGCGCUUUUUUAAAAUUUUCUUCGAAAAAAACACUAUUACCAAAAUAACACCAACAAAAUUAUUAUUAGCGCUCUCUUUUCUCGCUCUAGAAUCUUCUUAAGAUGUCCGGUGGUAUUUGGCAAAAAGCUAGCAAUAUGUACUCCCACGUUUUAACUGGCGGAGACCCCCGAACCCAAUCUUGGUUUCUCGUGCACUCCCCCCUUCCUACUUUGCUAGUCGUUGCUCUGUACCUACUCGUUGUCAAAUACGGGCCGCGUUUUAUGGCCAACCGGAAGCCCGCGGGAGACCUAAGGAAGGCCAUCAUUAUUUACAAUUUCACGCUUGUCAUUUGGUCCGUUUACAUGUUUUACGAGUUUACCGCCGUCGCCAUCUUGCAAAGGUACAGCUGGAUUUGCCAACAUAUGGACUUGAGCAAUAAUUGGCUUUCUCUCAGAAUUGCCGAGUGUUUUUGGUGGUAUUACUUCUCCAAAAUUGUGGAAUUAUUGGACACGAUGUUCUUUAUCCUACGCAAAAAGUUCGGGCAAGUAUCAUUCCUUCACGUGUACCAUCACAGUACCAUGCCCAUCCUAAUGUGGUUGUGCGUCAAAUAUUACGCCGGAGGCAAUUGCUUCAUUGUAGGCAUCCUGAAUUCACUUAUCCAUAUAUUCAUGUACGGAUAUUACGCGCUCUCCGCCUUGGGACCGCAUAUGCACAAAUACCUUUGGUGGAAACCUUACCUGACCAUAGCUCAACUUGUCCAAUUAGGAGCCAUCCUAAUCCACAGUUUAGUGAACAGGUACGUGGACUGCAAGAGUUACCCUUACCAGUAUAAUUACUUAGCCAUCGUUUAUUGCUCUUCCCUGAUUGGGCUGUUCGCCAAUUUCUAUUACCGGGCCUAUUACAGGACCCCCUCGAAGAUAUCCUCACCGAAUCCCACCAAGACUAUUGGUGAUAGUAUGAAUACCAACGGCAAAUCGCGUUACAUUAAACGUGAUUGAAAUCGCGGAGAUUCAAAAAAUGAAAAAACGAUCACAGCAAGGUGUUUACAAGUAAAAGGCGGUUGUGGCGAAAUAUCGUUUAUGCUGCGGCGAGCUAUAUCGCUUUUACUUAUAAAUAUCGUCUAAAUCGCAAAAUCAAAUUGACCUGCAAAUUGGGGGGAGGGGAAUUGUGUUUAUACCCAAUAUAUUGUAUACUAUCAUAUUAAAAUAUAUUUAUAAAUUAAGUUGCUAAAUUCAAACAUCCUUUUUUUUCUUCUCUUUUAAAUGAAGAUAAAAAAUAUAAAUGAUAUCAUUUAUAAUUUAUUAUAGGUUAUGUUUAGUUUGAUAAAAAGUUUUCCUUUUUUUCCUCUUGACUAUAUUUUAUCUUUCAAAAGUGCAAAAAACGGUUUAUAAGUCGUUUAUAAUAUCAUAAAUAUCAAAACAUCAAGCUUUUAUUUAGUUUUUUUAUCUCAAGAUUUUUUAUCGGGAACCAAAAAUUUUACUAGAACAUCAUUUAUUAUGUAUAAAGAAAGUAUUACGUUAAAUUUGAGUUUAUUUAUUUAUGCCUUUAAAGAGCACUGAUUUCGAAUGUUUUUGUCAAAAAUAAAGAUUGUAUUCAUGAAUAGCUAAAUAAAACCAUUUUUAUGUUAGGGUUUUGGAAUCAAAUAAAUCCCCUAGGAAAAAAUAAAAAUUUUUAGUAAUAUUUAUAUAGUUUAAAAAAAUAUUCUCCACUUUUUAUAUUAAGCGUUUAUUUGGCAUAUUUUUUUUUGAAAAUAAUUUUUUCUUUAAAAGUGUACUACUACACUAUAUUGUAUUGAUAAUUAAUUAAUAUUUUAACACGAAAAAUGUAUUAUAAAAAAUUUUUCGUUCUUAUUUUAUAACAAUUAAUUAUUUUUUGCAAAAGCUUUUUCAACAUUCGGUUAUUGUUUUAUUUUAAAAAAAGUCCCGCCAUAUUUAAUAAAACGCGCCAUAUUUUAUAUCAAAAUUUAGUAUUCGAUUAUCUGUCGCCAAUUUAUAUA